UGAAAAUAAACUUCAGUUUGAGAGAAAGCUUAAAUGGGUGAGGGUGUUACUAUGAGUUGGGAGUUAAAGAUUGGUGAUUUAGUUUGGGCGAAAAUGAAAGGAUUUUCACCUUGGCCUGCUCGGAUCGUGAAACCUGGCCCCAAUGCUCGCAAUGUUAAGAAGCCUUCUAAAAAAGGUGCUCAUUUCUGGGUUUAUUUCUUUGGAACAUAUAACUAUGGUUGGAUAGAGGAGAAUAACAUUAAACCAUAUGAUGACUAUAAGGAAGAAUUUUUAAAGACAUACAAUACAAUACUUUUCAAAAAAGCUGUUGGAGAAAUUGAGGAUUUUAUAGCAAAAUUAGAGAAGGAUCCAAACUAUGAGCUUGUUCUUCCCUCGGAAAAAGGUAACAGCAGUGAUAAAGAUGAGAGCGAUGAAAAAUUCAACAAACUCAUAUCAUCUACACCAAAGAAACCAAAAAAGACACCACUCAAAAGGGUAAAUUCAGAGUCUAGCGCUGGAAGUAGAAACUCGUUCUCUAAGAGGCCUAGGGCAUCGUCUCCAAGGAGCGAAGAGAAUGGCAUCGGAGGAGUGGGAAGCGAAAUCCUUAAUAUUCCAUCAGUGCUUGAUGCACCUGAAUCUCCUACUGUGGACCUGAACAACCUGUCCGAGCUGUUGAAGACAAAAAACAUCUCGGCUUCAAAAUUGACAUUUGGUUUCAUUGGUGUAGGGAAUAUUGGUACAGGAAUUGUGAAGAAUCUUAUCAACUCUGGCCAUACUGUAAACCUGUAUAGUAGAACGCUGAAAAGGUGCGAAGAGAUCAAAGAACAGGCCGACAUCAUUAAAGCCGGUCUUGUAAAUAUUUACAUUACUCCCUACGACAUAAUGCAGAAGUCGGACAUCAUUUUCAGUUGUGUCACGGACCCCCGCUCUGCCAAAGAAAAUGUAAUUGGAAAUUGUGGAGUGGCAGGCAGAGAAGGAGAUAUCCUGGAUGGCAAGGGGUACGUCGAAAUGACAGGCAUAGAUCCCCAGACAUCCAAAGACAUAUGCGAGAUCAUAAAGAGCAAAGGGGGACGUUACCUAGAGGCUCAAAUUCAGGGCAGCAAAAUCGAAGCAGAUGAAGGCAGUCUCGUUAUUUUGACAGCAGGAGACAAAUCUCUAUUCAUCGACUGCCAAUCGUGCUUCAAGGCAAUGGGGAAAACAGCGUUUUUCCUAGGAGACACAGGCUAUGCCACCAAAACAAACCUGAUAUUGCAAUUAAUGAAAGGCAUAGCUUUAGUUGGUCUGGCGGAAGGCCUAGCUUUGGCAGACCGCUGUGGUAUCUCUUCGAAAGACGUUUUGAACAUAUUCAAGUUGACCAAUUUGAACUGCGACUACCUGACAAACAAAGCCGAUCUUAUUGUAAAGAAAGAUUUUAAGCACGUAGAGCAAGCUAUAGAACAUAUGCAGAAAGACAUGAAGCUGACGCUUGAUCUCUCCGAUCAGCUUAAACAGCCACUGUUGAUGACUUCGACAGCCAAUGAAGUGUACAAACAUGCAAGACGGUUAGGUUACGAUGGGCACGAUGCCUCUUGUAUAUAUAUGAGGACGAGACAUUAGGUUGAUUGUUGGCAAUAUGUGCACGAUAUCAUUCUGUGCAAUCUGUACGUUUUAAUAAAAUCAACUUUUGUUUUUAAAACCAUUAAAUCGUUUUAAGAUUCAAUUAAGUUUUGACAAAUGUGCACUUUUUUUGUUUUACUAAAUAUAACAAUUAAUGUUUUAUAUUUAAUUGAUAGUUUCAUUUUAUUCUAGCAAUUUUAAAAAAAAGUUUAUAUAAUAAAGAAAGUAUUCUGUGCCUACACAAAUAAAUGUAUAGGUAAUGUAUUUCUAUUAAAUCAGUUGAAAAGUA